UUGGCGUCGCCAAACUAAGUCUUAAGUAGUUAAAAUUAACUGCCGGGCAGCACACUGCUGCAGUACACGCUGCCACAGAUCAACCACAACGUCGCGCGCGCUUCUCUGCCGCCACCACCGCCAAUUGGAUCGCCGCUGCCGCUAUUCAGUGUUCGGUGUUUGUUUCAGUUCAGUUCAGUUCAGUUUUAGUUACCGCACGGCAUAAGCGUCGCUGCUCCGCUCAAAUUUAUUUUUAAACAAAACAACAGAAUCGCGAAAUAAUUUUCAAUUCCAGCCAGCAUAGACCCUAACCUCAAAACAGCUGUUGCAUACAACAGACAUCGUGUAAAGCGCGUCUAGCAAAGAAAAUAACAACAAAUCAUAAAAAUGGACAUCGAGACGCUGCGCAAUGAAUGGGAUGAGCUAAAUCGAGAAUACACCGAACUCGAGACAUGCAACAGACGCUACAUGGAGCUGCUGGAACAGCUGCAGCAGCAUCAACAGAAAUGCUUCAACGAGAUCAAACAUCAACGUUAUCGUAUGAAUCAAAUAACGGCCUCUGUGCGACAAUACAAAGGACCCAUCGGUGGUGAGGAGAAGGAGAAGCUUGACGAUCUGCAAAAGAUGUCGCUGAAACGGAAGGCGCAGCUGCACGAAAUUGAGCAAUCGCUGCCGGCAAAAUCUGGUCGCUAUCUGCAGAUUAUCCUCGGCGAUGUGAACGUCUCAAUUUUGAACAGAAACGACAAAGUUCGCUACAAAGAUGACUAUGAAAAGUUUAAAUUAAUACUCAACGUAAUUGGACUGAUAAUGGCCUUCUUCAAUUUGAUAUUCAACUACAGAGCUCUGGAGUUGUCCUUCAUAUUCCUGCUAGUGUGGUACUACUGCACGCUGACCAUACGCGAGUCCAUACUGAAGGUGAACGGUUCCCGGAUCAAGGGCUGGUGGCGCGCCCAUCAUUUCAUCUCAACGGUCGCCGCCGGCGUGCUGCUCAUUUGGCCACAGGGCGAGCACUGGCAGCUGUUUCGUCUGCAGUUCAUGUACUUUAAUGUCUACAUCAGCAUUGUUCAGUAUUUGCAGUUUGGCUACCAGAAGGGUCUGCUCUAUCGGCUCAAGGCUCUGGGCGAGCGCCACAAUAUGGACAUUACCAUUGAGGGCUUUCAUUCGUGGAUGUGGCGCGGCUUGAGUUUCCUUUUGCCGUUCCUCUUCAUUGGCUACGCCUUUCAGGCCUACAACGCCUGGACGCUCUUCAAGCUGGCCUAUUAUCCGCCAGAUGCACCCUGGCAUGUGUCCGUCAUGUGCGGGCUCUUUCUGCUGCUCUUUGUGGGCAAUACGGCCACCACACUGUGGGUGGUGCCCGAGAAAAUACGCGAGCGUUCCAAGGAGCGCUAUCGAUUGCAGAGCAUGGGCAAGUCCAUGAAGCUGCGCAAGGAGAUGAAGAACAGCGCCAGCGACUUGGACCUUUCGGGCAGCUCGCAGGUAGCGACAACGACGCCGACGUCGUUGACUCCAACGCAGGCGACGACGACGCCAACGGCAACGCCAACGCCGACGCCGACGCCAGCAGCCGCAUCCGCAGCCGCAGCGAUGCCAACGGCAACUGAGAAGAAGGAAAACUAAAGCAAUAGCAGCAUUUGUGAGGUGUAGCGCACUCAGUCAUAUAUUUUAUAUAAUUCUUCUUCUCCGUUUUGUUUUCUUAGUUUGUGCACUAAUUUAUUGAUUUUGCUUUAAGCUGAAGUUUCUGGCGACUUCUCUUUAUUAUUCCUAUUCGGUUUAUUGCAUUCAUUGAUUUUUCUGCAUGUUCGACUUUGAACGGCAACUAAGCCAAGGCAUUCACCUACUGUGGGGCAAAGCAAAACAUAAACAACACAAAAACAAAAACGAAACUAAAAAGAGAAAAGCAAAUGCUGUAAAUUUAUACCAACUAUGUACAUUAUUAUAUUAUUAUUUUUUUUUUUUUUGUAUUUAAGUAAUUUUUUUUUUUUCGCUUGCUUGCAAAGAAAAAGUUAGAAGAGAAAACGUGAAGUGAAAUUGCAAAGUUCUGUGUGCAGAAGAAGCGAAUUGAUAUUGAAUGAAAAGAAA